AUGCUAUCAACAGCAACAACGUCAGGCGUCAAACAAGAAUCCGAUCAACUGUGUCCGUACCUACCCCUGGUCACGAACGCCGACCAGAGUGGAGGAUCCUCCUCCUCCUUCUACAACCUCUCCUCCACCUCCUUCGCGGCCAGUGGUGGUAGGGGCGGCGCCAGUAGGAUGGUGGUACACACCCCAGCGGACGAAUACCUCUCCUACUGGACACCGUCCCAGCUAAUAGAGCCCAUUCCCCAAAUCAUCCCCGGUCUGCUUCCGCAGCAGCAGCAGCAACAGCAAUAUACGCACCAUCAACAACAGCAGGUUCAAGCAGCGGCCACCUUCUACCACGGAGCCGCCAGCCAUUCCUCACCACCAGCAGUCCAAAGUUUUCCGGUCUCCCAGGCUGCAGUUGAUCCAACAAUGGGUGGGGUUCGCGCAGCCGUCUCCUUGGCCUACUUUGAGGACCGUGUCGCUGCAAACAAUAGGCUGGGCGCUUCUGGGGCCAACUCUGCGCCGAUCACACCGGUAAAGCGGGAACAGGGUGCUCCCGGUCUCGGCUAUAAGAUCUCCCCCUCCUCCUCAGCACCCUCGUCGGCCUCGUCAGCCUCAGGAAACGUCAGCAGCAGCAACAACAAUGUUGCUGCCUCGGCCUCCAUGACCGGAAGCAAACAGGGACGACAGCGUAAAAGUAGGUCUAUUACUAUCUCUCUCUCUCUCCCGCGGUGCACGAUUAUCUGACCUUCCAAGGGGUGCUUACUAUGUUGACCGUUUCAUGCCUAAUUAGCCGUCAUCAGCCAAUCAGCGCACAGGCGUGGGCUUGACCCCGGAUCUAGCGGGUCAUUGAGCUUAGCGAUCCAUAACUGGACAGUGGAUUUACGUCCUCUUUAAGUCAGGUAAAGGGGCCGUUCGCUUACCAAUGUUGCCUAGUUCUGUACUGCUUCGAAACCCCGUUCUGCAUUCCGGCCAGGUCCCUAUCACCUCGCAGCCAACAGUCGUAAGUCCUAAGGUCUAGAAUGACCAUUACUGGCUGUUUUUUGUUCACCUCACCCCGCCGAGUAAACCGCAAGUCACUGUUCAGUAGCGGGAGAGACCAGUGAGUGACUUCCGCUGUGAUUAUGAUGCCUGUCCGGCGACCAUCCUGUUUUGGAAGAUUGUGCCGCGGGCGUUGCAUAUCUUGUCCUUUGCCGUCAUAGUUCUCAUUUGCAUCUGCGUUGCACGACAGGUGAAGUGACCAGCAGCAAUCCCAAACGUGUUCAUGCAAGCGGCCUAGACAAUGCCUCACCCCUCCCCCCCCCCAGCAUCCUUGCCAUUACAAAUGGUACUUUUCACUUUGACCCAGCUAUAAAAAAACUGGGCGCCACGGUGGGAUUCGAACCCAUGAGAGUAAGGCGGAAGGCUUUAGUACAGCCGACGCUCUAACCUUCUGAGCUACGAGACCCGCCGGACAUGCUUUUCCAGACUGCCGUUCAAAUACUGGGGUCCCUAGCCGGCGUCAGCACACUGAUGGAUGGCAUAGAAGAGAAAGACAUGCGAGCUUUCCAGUGGCGUUAAAAAGUUGUCAUUCCUUUUAGUAUUUUUCCAGGAGGAGAAGGAAGAAGAAGCUCCUCAUGAAGUUAAAUUGUUUAGGAUAUAGCCGUCGUUUGUCAGGCCCCGGAUGUGGGAUCAAAUUGCAUUUAUUGCGCUUUGGCCCAGAGGCAUAGUAUCACAAGAAGUGAAUAAAAAGUCGGACAAAUUCGUUUUGGCAUCUCUAAAUUUAACAAUGGUCAGAACAGCACACCCCGUAUAUGCAAUUACUACAAAUACUAGUACUACUAGUACUAGUACUACUAGUUCUAGUACUAGUAUUACUACUACUACUACUAUUACUGUCAGAAGUGCUGUGUCCACUUUUUAAGGUCUCUUCUGCAACCGCCCCUGAUUAUGGGUUCGAAUGAGAGUCCGAAACAUUAGGCCAGUAAACUUCCUGUUCCAGUGUUUACAUCGUCUUCCUCUGAAAGUCUCUUCUAUCACUGCCCACAGUCUUUGUUUUACAAAAUAUGCUAGGCGGAAGUGCGACCUGUACAUCUGCCUGGGCUGAAUCCGUUUCACCCACGGAAUCCGGUUUCUAAACUGAUUAUCUGCGUUUGCAUUAUGUUCCCCACUAACCCAGAAUCUGACAAAACCAGGGAGGAAGCAAAAACCAGUUAGGUGAGAACUUCGUGUUUGCAUAGGCAGCACAAUAUACUGCACUGAAUACCGCAGCUGCUAUCUAAAAACCCAAAAACGUGUUUCGCCGAUAUUUUAGCUACUACCUGUGCUGUCACUUAUGCAAUAUCAUGCAUCCCAUGUAUGUACUACUGGCUGCCUGUUGGUCUCAACUCUACUGAUUUACAACCAAGUCGGCGACUAAUUUUCGAGCAAACUACUGGCGAUCGUAAGUAACAUACGUGGAGCUGGUCUAUGACCAAUCAAUCACAUGCCGACGAGCAGUAGCAAUGAUGACUAUUUAAGUGACCGUUUCUGGCUUGUUCUCCAUCAUCGGUCAGCCGUACCCAUCUCCACGCAAUGGGGGCUACUGAACUUAAACGGGGGUCGGUUGGCAAUGAGUCAGUUGACUCGAAUGUCCUACCGGUAGCCCGGUUUGAAAUUAGUCGUCUGGUGGCACAUGUGAGCCAGGAGCGAAAUGCUCGGCUUGUCACGGAUCUGAUUUCCAAAUGGCUUGACUCAGUCUUCUCACGGUGGGAGCAAGUAGAGCAAAUGGGAUCGAUUCUGGUCAGCUCCCACACUACGCGUGUUUACUGAGUCUGUGAUAUCGCCUGAUCCAGCCUUUCUGGAUCAUAUCGCGGAUCACGCGUGGCAGCGCGCGUCAGCGGUUCAGUCCCUUUGCUAGCGACGGCGACCGAAUAGCGAAGGCUGAAAAACCGUCUCCGUCUCCGGAUGAACCGGCGUUUGAGCUGACCACCUCUCCGACACACCCAAGUGGUUAAGGGGAUCAGACCAGGAAUGGCGCGGUGACUGCGGCAUUCAUGGGUUUGUUCAUGGAUAACGGUAUUCAAACACCGCCAGUUUUUGCUUUUUUGUUUUUUUUUAAUCUGUCCAUUUGACAGCAACUUUGGUCCGAAAAUCUGAUAUGCUUUUGAACAAUCACGGUUGCUGAGAAGCCCUAUCUUAGCUGGCAGAGUAACUUGAUCUUCGGCAAUGAAAGCUGUUUUGCAACGAACCGCCCCUAAUUCGGCCCUUUGACGGUUGCCAACGAGUUAGCACAGUCUGGUCUGCGUGUAAUUACGAGUCAGCACGCGCGUGGCACGCGUAGAAGUGAGCCGCUGACUGCGCUCGCACCGGCCUCCAGUAGUCUUGAGUGCGUCUUAUCAUUGGAAUGCAACAGGUGCGGAGGAGAUGGGGUGGUGGACGCUGUGUAAGUCACACCGAUUAUGACUCAGUUCUCGUGAUGUCACUGCUCAAUUCCCUGGGCAGUGGUGGUCUCCAUCUGCCACAAGGGAUGACAUAUCGAUGGCAUCAUUUUCUGAGCAUAGGAAAAGGAAAACCAGUUGUUUAAAUCCGCUGAAACAAGAAUACUGAAGUGCAUUUGAAUUUGGGCCGAAAUUCCUUCUGACUCCCCCCGCAAAGAACCAAUGACUAAGAGGAAGCAGACGAGUUAGUAGGAUCCGCACGGGUCGUGCCGUUAAACCGGAAAAUGACUAAACGCCAUCCAUUUACUUCUAGGGAGAGGCGGUGAAAGGCAUCGACUGAAAAUGAGUGGGUGGCUGAUACAGCAGGGUCACCGGGUCUGUUCUGGCAUUACCCAGCCAAUCGCAACUGCGAUCCCUAUUUGGGACCAGACGCAAAAGCCUGACCACGCGCACAGCGAAGAUUGUUCACGGACGAGGUCUGUCAAGUUGGUUUCAGGCACUUCAACGAACCGCGGUUUAUCACUAUAAACCCACUCGUUAUCCUCGGCCUCCGCAGAUCGGGCAUCUGUUCCCACAAGAGUGGACGCACAUGAGACGAGGCCAACGAACCUGGAGAACUGGCGACUUAUUCUCGGAUCUGUGUGGCGAUAUGGCGUACAUGCGAUGGAGACCAGACACAUCACGGGAUGACCCGUCUGGAUGUGAGGUGACAUCGUCAUGACAGCCUAGCAACCAAUGGGAAGUACAGCUCUGUGGGCAACCGCAGGGAAGGCCGUGGAAGGCACUACGUAGAGAGCGAGAGGGAGAGACGAGUUGCGACGAAUGUUGUGGGAGCUGAGUCGGGAGUUGUAAGGGAACGGAGGCCGGUUAUCUUCACCAUCUCCAGUCAGGUGUGGUUAUGUAGCCCCACCUAUAGGGAGGGUCGGGGAACGCACGGGCGAUGGGGCAAAGUAAUUCUAAGCAAAAGAAAAACUAUUAGGAAUGCGUGGUUGGGUCGGAUGUGGUUAUGUAGCCUCAGCCGAAGUAAGCAAACCCCAGUCACCUCUAAUACGGGACUGGUGGUAAUAGAGGCUUUUACAGGUAGAGACGGGGAACACAGGCGACGAGGCCAAGUCGUUGUAUGCAAAAGAAAAGCUAUUGGGAGUGCCCGGUUGUACUUUCAAUGGUUGAGAAAUUGUUGCGUUAACCCCCAACCCUAACCCUGACACCUAACUAUAAUCCGUAAUCCUAGACCCCAACCCUUAACCCUAACCUUUAACCCUAAGCCCUAACUAUAGCCCCUAACCAUUAACUCCAACCCCAACAGCUUUGAGUCCAUCAGGUGGGGCCACCAAACCACAUCUUUCUCGCGGUUGUACUUUGAGUAGUUGAGAAAUACUUGUCCUAACCACUAACUCUAACCACCAACGCUUAACCGCAACCCUAGACCCUAACUCUGAAACAUACAAUGUGAAAAUUAGAGGAGACGAUAGGCCGAAAGUCAACAAAAACCACCGGCGUUGGGCCAAAAAGGUAGACACGACAACAAAGAAAUAAAGCGGUCAACAGAACACACACCGCAACCCCAUGCCAACGUAAUCACAGCAACGCGAAAUAACUAAGGUCAACAGUAUUGUGUCCAUCAGGUGCGACUACAUGACCACAUCUUUCCCCAUCUACAUCCCGAAUCCGCACCCAAAGUCACCCUAAUCCGUUCGAACAACUCUGUCCAACUCGUGGUCUGUUACACUUGAUGUCAACAGAUAGUACCAUCUUGGACAAUGGAUUGUGCCCGGACCGAACCGCGACAAAGCCCCUCUAAGCAGGCGCAAAUAUCGGAUCAGUGUUCUGCGGUACUCGGUUAGUAUUGCUCAGUAUUCACACCAGCGACCAUCUGAAACACGGUAGACCUGCCAUCGCAUGGGAUGUUGACCGAAAUUCAGAAAUGCGUUUUCGACUCGGAAAGACUACUUAAAUAGUGUUGCAAUACUAAUCACUUUGCAGCAUAGUCUCUUGAUAGUUCAAUUACUUCAGGAUGUCGGCUUUCGAACGGACUUCUUUCCAGCCACCUGCAAAUGCGAAACUCUGUGGAAAAAAUGACUGCCUAAGUCGUAUAAAAUUUUCUCAUUUAUUUUCUAUGCCCUUAUAACUCCAAACAUACUUCAUAAAAACAUGCAUAAAGAAAUUCAUUCUUCUAUUUAUUCGGUAGAAAAUUAUGUCUUCAAGUUUUAUACUUGAAGGAAGGGGAUAAUUCGGUUUUAAACAGUUUCUAAUUGUGCGAUUUUUUACAACCGCUAAAUGCCUGUUCAUAAAACAUCGUGUCUGCACUGACUAGUGUUUCUUUUAGAGUUAACAGUAUGGUUCAAAUCCACUGCAAAUUUUAUGAACCCCACAUGGUCUCCUUUUAAUUACGCAGAGAAACGUAUGGUUUUUCAUGCACGGAAAGUAUACAGCAGGUCGUGUUCAAAAUUAUUCGGUAAUUAUAAAAGUCGAAUUAUCCCCUUCUUUCAAGUAUAAAAUUUUAAGAAGACGUAAUUUUCUACCAAAUAAUUAAAAUAAUACGUUUUCUAGAAAAUGUUUCUGAAUUUAUAAAGGCAUAGAAAAUAAAUUAUAGAAUUUUAUACUAUUUAGGCGAUCAUUUGUUACUGAAUGUAGUUUUUGCAGGUGACCGGAAACAAGUUCUUUCGAAAGCCGGCAUCCUGAAGUAACUGAUUUAUUAUGGGUUGAUGCUGCAUGAUGAUCAAUAUUGCGACCCUACUUAGGUACCCAUUUCGAGCCGAAAACGCAGUUCAGAAUUUCGGUCAACGUUUCGUGAGUUUGCACAUCUACCGGAACUGCUGUGGACAAGUAAAUAGGCAGCAGAUCCACCUGAUGACUAGCUUCCACCCCCGUAUUCGUAAUCAUGUCGUGAGACCUUGUGUUGUGCCCACUACAAUAUCUGCGACAAGGUGCGUCCAUACUACCCUACUCGUUCUACUCCUGUAAAAAAAGCCAUGAUCACUCUUUAGCAGGGGAAAGAGUUUCUGUCAUCAACGAACCUUCACAGCGUCCUUUACACAUGCACUCAACAUUCUUUGCACCCAGCAUGAACAACUGUCAUCUCCUUUGAAAAAAAUGAGUAGGGCUAACUUAUAUGAACCCCCUAAACAGUACAUAACAAUAGGUACGUCCCGUCAAAGUAAUAAACAUGGACCUGCGCAAAAUUCCGGUAAGGGCAAAAUAUUACCGUGUCUUAGACACACAGCUAAGUCGCUGUCCUAAUCUUGAACCUAACACUUCCCUAAACCUAACCCUGCAAUUAGCAGUAGUCCCUAUCCUAACCCGAAACCUGACCCCGAUUUCACUGGAUGUUGGCUCAAAGUCACCUGUGUUGCAGGUGGUCAUUGUUCUCCUGUGCUGUUUAGGGGAUCAUGUAAAUAAGUCCUGUCAUAAAAUGUGAACUAUCCAAAUCGACCGUUGCUCUAGUUUUAAUCCUACGCGUAACCCUGACUCUGCGUUCAACACUGGCCCCCUUGACCCUACAUUUUAUUCCGACGUGUCUUACCGUUAACUCUAAAACUUGCCUUAAACCUACAGUAGGUGGGUUAACUCUUGAAAUGUCAACCGAAAUUUCGAAAUGCGUUUUCGUUUCGAAAAUAUUAAUUAAGUAGGGCUGUAAAACUGGUCAGCCUGCAACAUAAUUUUAUAAUAUUUCAGUUACCUCAGGAUGCCGGCUUUCGAAUGAACUUCCUUCCGGCUGCAUUCAAAAUCUAUACUCUGUGAUAAAUGGCCACUUAAGUAGUAUGCAUUUUUCUCAUUUAUUUCGAUUCCCCCAAAAAUUCAAUUAUAUUUCACGGAAAACAUGCAUAAACCAUUUCAUUCUUUUGCUCAUUUGGUAGAAAAUUACGUCUUCUUCCAAGUGUAUACCCGAAGGGAGCGUAUAAUUCGGUUUUCAAAAACUUUUCCGAUUCCCGAAUAAUUUUAAACCUGACCUGCCGUUACACUUGCAUUCAGGGUUUACAAUAUACAGACCACUCAAAGUACAACUGCGAGUAAGAUGUGAGUUGUUAUCCCCACCUGAUGGACUCACUGCUGUUGGGGUUGGGUUUAGGGGUUAGUGUUAAUGGUUGGGGGUUUAGAAUUAUGGGUCCUAGUUGGGGGUCAGGGUUAGGGGUUAACGCAACUAUUCCUCACCCAUUCAAAAUACAACCGCGCAUUCGCAAUAGCUUUUCUUUUGCACUUCACUUGAUCUAGUCGCCUGUGCGUUCUCCGGUCCCACUUGUAAAAACCCCUACUACCACCUGUCCCGUAUUAGAGGUGACUGGGCUUUCUUUACCUCAGGUGGGGCUACAUAACCACAUCCGACCUAGUACUGCAAUCUGCGAAUAACCAUUUCCGGUCUGUUUGUUCUCGUAAGCCAUUCAAAUCUACCUUGUCCUGAACAAUGAUUCUUCCAAGUCGUUGAUUACAUCUCGGUUCGCGACCAUCCACGAGGUCUUUAAAUUGGAGGCUCUGAGGCAAAACGUAACAUCCGUAUGUCAUAUGCCAAGGCAGCGCGCGCGCGCCAAACGAUGUUAUUUGCUGGAUGUUAGGGUUGCUGGAUAAGACUCCCCGAUUGUCCUUGCGGUUGGCGCACGGCAAUACAAUGCCUGCCAAAAUUUAUGUUUUUCGCACUCAGCGCCGAGGUUCUGAACGAGUGCGGCAGAUACUACAAGGUUUGAAGUAGGGUUUACGCACGAAAGGUUGAAUUUGGUUGGCCCUUUGGAAAUGUGGCGUCUAAACAAGUGUGCUUAAGGUUACCAAAGUUGGGAACCCAAAUGUAAACCAGUGGGCAAUACGAGAACAUGAGGAAUAUUUCCCCGACAUUCCGGACUAGCCACAGUGGAGCUCCCGUAGAUAAUGUUUUAGUUGCAACCGGAAUGUAAAGCUGCCCCGAACUCUGACCCACAGUGACCGUGCAAAUGUUGCUGAUUGGGAGUUUUGCAGUAGUUGACAUCUGUUCAAGUGUCCACUCAGGGCUGCGGUGCCGGCAUCAUGAAAAACUUCUAGGGGGGAGAGGUAAAUGGUCGCAAGAGCACUAGCGGGAUAGCACCCCGGAGCCCGCUUAAUCUGGGUAAUAUAUGGUCAUGUAGCCGCACCUGAUGGAUACAAUAUUGUUAGGGGUUAAGGCAACUAUUUCCCACCCCCUCCAAGCACAACCGCGCAUUCCCAAUAGCUCUUCUUUUGCAUACAAGUGCUUGAACUCGUCGCCUGUGCGUUCCCCCGCCCCACCCGCAUUACAGGCGGCUGGGGGUUGGCUUACCUCAGGUGCGGCUACAUAACCACAUCUGACCGUCCUACUUUCUGUCAAAGACCGUCCAAAAACACCCGGAAGUUGCCCGCGCCCAUUCGACAGUGCGUGAGCGUUCAUGCCAGCCAGAGUGCGGUCGGCUGAACGCCGGCGCACAAGGGCCCAGUUUGGUCCGACCAGCUGAGCGCGUUUUGACCUCUGACCGUGGGCCGUUGUGUGCUCCACACGGCUGUCGUCGUCGCCCUAGCCACCACCACCACGACUUGCGGCUGCUGGCGGCUCCACCGCGGGUGAUGAGUCAGGCUGGCAGUGCGAGCAAACAGGGCGCGUGGCGGCUACGAUCCAGCACCGCGACAGCUGCGCAAGCCUGCUCCUGCCCGCUGUGUGUGUGUGUGUGUGUGUGUGUGUGCGUUGCAUGACCUCGUGACCUCGGGGGGGGGGGUGUGUGUGCCUGCGCUGUACAGCCCGUCCACUGUAGGACUGGCGGCAAACACACAUACACACGUGCGGGACAGUAAAACUUGCACGGCACGAUGGUGCGCCGAGUGCGCACGAGGCACAAAUAUCCGAACUGAGGUAAACAAAUGCUGCUGGCGGGGUGGUGGGACGAGCAACGCCAGUGAACAUCGUUGGAAAGGCCAGUAAGGCUCUGGUAACAGACAGCACUGUGCCGUCUUUGAGGACGGUGUCUCUCAGCCGUCGGCAACACCCCCCCCCCGACGACUUCCUAGUACUGGUCAACUUCCUCCCUUGCCCUCCUCUUUACCCUUCUUCCAAAGCGAGAACUUUAAUUCACCCUAAUCCUCCCCCUUUCCAAGGCCCUCACCGCAUUUUUCCUCCGGUUACUCUCUGCCUUCACCCGCCUCCGUCCUUCCCGAUGUUUUCCUCCUCCUCCUCCUCCUCCUCCUCCUCCCCAUCCUCCUCAUCCUCCACCUCUUCCGCUGCCCCGCUUGCCUCAAGUGAAAACUGCAACUGUGGACAUCAUGAAGAAUAG